UUUUGUAGAAUUCAUACUAUCUUCCUGUCUGAUAGUGAGAACUGUUGCCUGAUUCCUGCAGAAGCCUGCUUAACAAGAUUUACAUAAUGUGUGAUCUAUUUAUGGGCACCUGGAAACUCAUUUCCAGUGAAAACUUUGAGGACUAUAUGAGAGAACUGGGUGUGGGCUUUGCUACUAGGAAAAUGGCUGGUGUGGCCAAGCCCAAUGUAAUCAUAAGCACCAAUGGAGAUGUGAUAACCAUCAGAACAGAGAGUACCUUCAAAAAUACAGAGAUCUCUUUCAAGCUGGGUCAGGAGUUUGAAGAGACCACAGCAGAUGACAGGAAAGUUAAGAGCAUCAUAACACUAGACAAUGGCUCACUGAUUCAGGUGCAGAAAUGGGAUGGAAAAGAGACCACAUUAAUAAGAAAAUUGGUGGAUGGGAAGCUGGUAGUGGAAUGUACCAUGAACAAUGUUACCUGCACGAGGGUCUAUGAGACUGCAUGAAGAAACCCUAUCUCCACAAUGGACUGGGGAUCUAAGUUGUGGAGAAUCAGCUCAGUUCCAGGAGUGAAGCUCCACAAGUCUGCUUUGUGACAGAACCAGACUGUUUACAGACUUUAUGCCAAAGCAGUGUUAUAGCCAAUCUGAAAUCUCAUGGUUAUUCAAUAAAAUGUUCAACUGUCUAGAAA